AUGAUUUUGCGGGCCACGGCGUACGUGCCCGAAUUCUUGGAAACAAGAGGAUACCAGACCCCAGAUGACGCCUACGACGGCCCCUUCCAGCAGGCUUACAGCACCAAGCUACACCACUUUGAGUGGCUGGCACGGCACCCAGAUGAGCAGCAUGCCUUCAACGUGGUGAUGGAGACCGGAAACCGGGCGGUAGAGGGCAAACAGUGGUACGACUUCUACCCCUGGGAGGAGCGGCUGUUGUCCGACGGUGACACAGACCGCGUGCUCCUAGUCGACAUUGGCGGUGGCAAGGGUCACGACCUUGCGCGCUUCAGGGAGAGAACGAACACCACCGGCCACCUGAUCUUGCAGGACGUUCCCGAGGUCAUCCGGGAUAUUCGGGUACCGCUAGCCCAGGGCAUCGAGGUCCAGGGCUACAACAUGUUUGACGCGCAGCCCGUCCGUGGCGCAAAGGCGUACUACAUGCGCACAGUGCUUCAUGACUGGCCUGACAACCAGGCCCUGCAAGCCCUGCAGCGCAUCCGGGAGGCGAUGGCGGACGAUUCAGUGCUGCUGAUCAACGAAAAUACCCUCCCCGAAAUUGCCGUCCCUCGGUUUAAUGCCAGUGUGGAUCUCAUCAUGAUGACUAUGUUCUCGUCACUGGAGCGUACGGAGAAACAGUGGCAGAGUCUUUUGGAACGCGCCCAGUUCAAGGUCGUCAAGGUAUGGCGAGCGGAUAACCAGGGUGUGGGGUCUAAUGCUUUGUUUGAGGCCGUUCCUAUCUAA